CACCGAGGGGACCCGCUUCAUGCUGCGGGUUUAUUACUCCACAUCCCCGCAGAGGCUGAACCGCACCGCGGCCACCCGAGCCAACAACGCCGCGCCCUGGAUCGCCUUCAUCGAGGAGCCGAGUCCCGGCAGAGAGGGGCAGGUCCACCCGAAGAGGAACAUGUGCAUGGAUAAAAACUCCAGGACGUCCGACAUAGAGGUUUUGGGGUCUUUCAAGUCCGCGUCCAGUCAGAACUCGGUGCUGGUGGAGCUGCUGGCGAAGGACCUGCGCAGAGGAGAGAAGAUCAAGUACUACUCCAUGUGCGCGUUCGACGGAUCCAAGUGGGAACAUUACCGGACCAGAGACUUCUGGGUGUCCGUGGUGGAGAGAUCUGCGGUCCCGGAGCUGUGGCUGCAGGUUCUGGUCUCGGUUCUGCUGCUGGGUCUCUCCGCUCUGUUCAGCGGACUGAACCUCAGCCUGCUGGCUCUGGACCCGGUGGAGCUGCAGGUUCUGCAGAACAGCGGCACAGACAAGGAGCAGAACUACGCGCGAAAAAUCGAGUCGGUGCGCCGGCACGGGAACUACGUCCUGUGCACCUUGCUGCUCGGCACCGCCAUCAUCAACGCCUCCCUGGCCGUGUGGAUGUGCCAGAUCCUGGGCAUGACCUGGCUCUCCACGGUCAUCUGCGCCUUCGGGAUCUUCUUCAUCGGUGAGAUUCUUCCGCACUCGGUGGCGUCGCGACACGGCCUCGCCAUCGCCUCCAAAACCAUCUGGGUGACGCGCCUCCUCAUGGUGCUCUCCUUCCCCAUCUCCUACCCCAUCAGCAAGCUCCUGGACCUCAUCCUCAACCAGGAGAUCUCUAACUUCUACACCCGGGAGAAACUCCUGGAGAUGCUGCGUGUUUCCGACCCGUAUCACGACCUGGUGAAGGAGGAGCUGAACAUCAUCCAGGGCGCGCUGGAGCUACGCACCAAAACCGUGGAGGACGUUCUGACGCCGCUCAGCGACUGCUUCAUGCUCUCCUCGGACGUCGUGCUGGACUUCAACACCAUGUCGGAUAUGAUGCAGAGUGGCUACACGAGGAUCCCGGUGUACGAGAACGAGCGCUCCAACAUUGUGGACAUCCUGUUCGUGAAGGACCUGGCCUUCGUGGACCCAGACGACUGCACCCCGCUGAAGACCAUCACCCAGUUCUACAAACACCCGCUCCACUGCGUGUUCAACGACACCAAGCUGGACGCCAUGCUGGAGGAGUUCAAGAAAGGGAAGUCCCACCUGGCCAUCGUGCAGCGGGUCAACAACGAGGGGGAGGGCGACCCUUUCUACGAGGUGAUGGGCAUCGUCACGCUGGAGGACGUCAUCGAGGAGAUCAUCAAGUCAGAGAUCCUGGACGAGACGGACCUCUACACCGAUAACCGUACGAAGCGGCGUGUUUCUCACCACGAGAGGAAGCAGCAGGACUUCUCCAUCUUCAAGCUGUCGGAGAACGAGAUGAAAGUGAACAUCUCUCCUCAGCUGCUCAUGGCCACGCACCGCUUCCUGUCCACAGAGGUGGAGCCCUUCAAACCCGCUCACAUCUCAGAGAAGAUCCUGCUGAGGCUGAUCAAACACCCGAGCGUCGUUCAGGAACUCAAGUUCGACGAGAAGAACAAACGAGCGCCGCAGCACUUCCUGUUCCAUCGCAACAAGCCGGUGGAUCACUUCAUCCUCGUGCUGCAGGGUCGAGUGGAGGUGGAGUUCGGUAAGGAGGCGCUGAAGUUUGAGAACGGAGCUUUCUCUUACUUUGGGGUUCCUUCCAUCAUGCCAACAGUGCACAGAUCCCCCUCCCGCAGCAGUGGUUUGGACCGCUCCGAGUCCAUGCUGCACGGAGGCAGCUCGAGCCAACUGAACGGCGGCGGGGGGAGCGUCUACCUGCCGGACUAUUCCGUCAGACAGCUCACCCCCCUGCAGGUCAUCAAGAUAACCCGGAGCCACUACCAUAACGCCGUCACGGCCUCCCGCAUGGACAGCUCCCCUCAGACUCCGGAUGCCGACGCCUGCCUGGCAGGAGACAUCUCCCCGACCCCAGAUCACCCAGCGGGGGGGCAGCACGGAGCCUCACUGAUGCCUCCGGAGCACAGCAGCAGCACCACCACCACCACCACCUCCACCACCCUCAUGCCCCCGCCCAGGGAGCACUGCAGACCCAGCUCAGCGAGAGCCAGAGGACAGCAGUCCAGCGUCACGCAGAGCACCUCGCUGCUGAACGAGAAGAACCGCAUCGUCCGAAGCAAGUCAGACGGUCAGAAGAGUCCCAGUGAUUCAGUGUUCCUCAGGAUGGACGAGAUCCCGUACAUCCGAGAAGACAGAACGGAGACGGACGCACACGAGGACAUGGCCUGUGUAGCCAUAGAAACGGACACGUCUCCUUUCAUCAGCAGCCUGUCUCUGAGCAGCUCAGAGGACACACUGGGCAAGAAACUCCUGCUCAAACUCAGCCACAGGAAGCGGAAAAAGUCCCGGGAAGGAGAAAAGACACCAGAGGACAUUUCAGAACAGCCGCUGGUGAAAACCUAGCAGAGAGUGUGUGAGUGUGAACUCCACCGUCCUAUGGUGGUACUUUAAGACGUUUGUAAAGACGAUGUGGUUGGUAAACUACAGCUAUCAGAGUUUUAUCUGAAAACAAACACACCCCCCACACCCCACCUGCUGUAGGAGAUAAAGUGGUCCAUCACCAGGAAUGUACUGAACUGAUGGAAGAAACCUUUUUAAUCAAAGCAGACGGGGGUUGCAUCUUUGGCAAUAUGCAUCGGACCGAAGCUUCUUCACAGGUUUUUCGUGCUUGUAUAUAAAGGAAUGACUUUGAAUGUAAAAUGUUUGUAGAAAGAUAAUAGUUUUUAUACACAAUAUACGCUCCUCAUGCAAUCACCUCUCUAAUGAAGCUAAAGGGAAUAACUGUACACAGGAAACGGAUGAAAGACACCAAAGAUGUUGCUGUUUUUGUACAUUCUGCUUCUCAUAGCUCAGCAGAAGUAAACUGUGUUGUGUUCAUGCUUUUGAUUUGAAGGGUUGCUUGAUUAAUGCUUGUUUAUCUGCUCGAGUGGUGCACUGAUGAUGUAUUUUUGUAGGUUGACCCGGAAGAUAGCAUCUCCCUGGUUCCCUCGACAAAAAGCCAAUGGGAUUUGGGAAAGUAAUCUUGGUCAAACAUUCUAAUCUCAAAAUCUCAAACAAACACUUAUGAUACUUUAGCCGGAUAAUCUCAACAAAUCAAACCACUUCAUCAUUUUUGAAGGAAAAAGCUAACGUUAAGCUAUAAAGGAACUACGGCACGGUCACAUGACUUCACGUCACCACCGCUAAGCUAAAGGCGGCUAAUGUUGGGCUAUAAAGGAACUACAGCACAGUCACAUGACUUCAGGUCAUCACCGCUAAGCUAAAGGCGGCUAAUGUUGGGCUAUAAAGGAACUACAGCACGGUCACAUGACUUCACGUCACCACCGCUAAGCUAAAGGCGGUUAAUGUUGGGCUAUAAAGGAACUACAGCACGGUCACAUGACUUCCCGUCACCACCGCUAAGCUAAAGGCGGCUAAUGUUGGGCUAUAAAGGAACUACAGCACGGUCACAUGACCUAACGUCACCACCGCUAAGCUAAAGGCGGCUAAUGUUGGGCUAUAAAGGAACUACAGCACGGUCACAUGACCUAACGUCACCACCGCUAAGCUAAAGGCGGCUAAUGUUGGGUUAUAAAGGAACUACAGCACGGUCACAUGACCUAACGUCACCACCGCUAAGCUAAAGGCGGCUAAUGUUGGGCUAUAAAGGAACUACAGCACGGUCACAUGACCUAACGUCACCACCGCUAAGCUAAAGGCGGCUAAUGUUGGGCGUGAUGACAUUUAAUCGUCUCAUUUAGACAAAACUCAUCUUUGGUUUUAGGACUCAUUCCUGCACCACUCUGUAAUCUGAAGUAACCAACUGAUUGUCCACAUUGUUAUUUAGCAAUGACUAGGCUAGAUGUGUUUACUUGUUUGUUUGUUUGUUGGUUUCUCUUGCUUCAGUUUUUGCUUAUUUUUUCUGGAGAAAGUCGUACCUAUAACACCUUCACUUAUCCAGAAACCAGUCAGCCAUUUUUACCAAUAUCUCAGCCUCUCUUUUGAAGAUAUCGAUGUCAUUCCCCUCGUAAAAAAGGAUUUCUCUCUCUCUCUCUCUCUCUGGACCUUAGAGGGCCAUCAGACUGUGUCGCAGACAGAAGACAGAUUAAAGCUGCCGGUCUGCAUACAGAUUCCUCUUUAAAUCUUGGGUCAGCCUUUUAUUUAAUUUCAGUGUUAUUCGUCACACGAUGUGCAGCCACUGAACCGCUUUAAAUAAUUUCCCCCAGCUAAGCCCUGUAGAUCCAUAUUAAUAAUGACUGAUCUGUCUGGGGUUUUAUUUAUUAUCAGAGGUGAAAUGAAAGGCAUCUUCUGGCUAUGGAGACUUCUCACCACCACAGAGGAAGUGAUUGUUUUAUAGCCUUUGUGUUAUUGGGGUUAUGAAGCCAGCAUCUUCCAUAUUAUCUAAAACUGGACAUGCAUAACCCCUCUUUUGUACCCUCAUUUGUACUUUACACCUUCAGUUGCUUGAUAAUUCACCACCACAUAUGUUCAUAAUGUAGAAACUAGGUUACAACCCUGUCAUAAUCAUGUUUUUAUUCAGAAAUGUCCCAUUUUUACUGCUUGUUUCAGUUUGAUUUGAGCUAUUUUAUCGCCACGUUUGAAACAAAAGGGAAAGAAAGUGAAAGAAAAGUCUAUUAUUAAGAUGUAUCCAGAAUUAUUAAUAUUCAUUCCCUUUGCCCUCCUGCUGCAUGAAUCUGAAUGUGCAUUUAAGGGGUUAUUUAUACAUAUUUUACUCUUCAAUGCAACACAAGCCUUAACAGCGACGUUUUUGCAGCAUGAUUUAAUGCUAACAAUAGAAGACGGUAGCGCUUUAAAUUGGGGUUGAAUGAUUUUUAUACUAAACUUGACUCCACUUCUAUUAUUGCUGCACACGUUUGGUAUAACUGCAAUACUGAAACCACUUAAUGCAAUCUUAUUAUAUGUGAGGAGCUGUGCAGAUUGAGAGGGGAAAACAAUGAGAGAGUCUGUAGAGAGUCCCAAACACACACCAGCUUAUUACUGCAUAUUAAAGAGUGUACACUUACUAUACUGUUUUGUAUUUUGUUUUUGCGCCCAAUGAUUUCGGAUCCACCUGAAAGUCUUAUCGUUUCUUCUUCGGACUUCAGUAUACGGUGCCUCACAGGUGCCAAGCUACAGAGGCCCAACACACUUCUAUUGUGAAACAGGCUGCAGUUUCCACAACGACGUUCCCUAAUGAUGCAGGGGAAAACAAGAACAAGGACACUGAUUUGCAAAAUGACCCAAAUGGACUUGUUUAAUAAAUUAGACACAAACGAAACCCCUACUACUACAAUAAUAUGCAGUCUUCAAACAAUAACACACGUUCACGACUGGAAAGCCCCCUCAACUGAGCCACAUUUCACGGCUCUGCAGACCGCACGUAACACGAUGCAAAGCAAAAACUCAAAUGUGCCAUGCAAAUGCAGAAACCUCUUUAACAACUUGUCGGAACACACGCUAAAAGCGCUUCAAGAGGCCCAAAACACAACGGAAACCAGGGGACAGUAAAAAGUGGCGCACACAGCUGGUGACAUUCGGGAUUAUAAAGGUGUCUCUGUUGGCAAAUGAUUCAAGUUUCAUAACUGUAAAGCAGGAAGGAAAGUUUGUUUAUGUAGCACCUUUAAACACAAGGCGAUUCAAAGUGCUGUACUGUAAGGGUUGAUCAAUAUAUUUGAGAUGACUAGGUUAGCGACGUUAGCUAGCUAGCUUCCAGCAGAUCUGCAUAGUGUUUCGCCAAUGCCGCUUUUUGUGAACACUGUACACGUUCUGCUUAAUAUGUGAAUCUGUUUGUUAAUUUGCAUGUGCUUUGGCACGUUUGUGGGUUUAUAUUUGCAUUGUUUCUGAAGCUGCAGCGCGUUUCUAAUAAUGGAAGUGCUUUGGGAACGCUUGCACCUGAUUUGGUUAGACUAAAUCGGCCUCAGACAAGACAUUUUCACGAAGGAAAUGUACAACAUUUUACAGUAGGAAUAGCACGUGUUUAAAAUGUUGAAAUCAUAAAUGGAUUAUAUUAAAUCAUUUCAAAUUAAGGGUCCAAGUACUGUGAAUUUUCCCUCUCGGUCAUGGCCUAAUUUGAUGCUUGACAGCUGUGAAAAUCUCCUUUGUGGCUUAAAUGUAC